ACCUGGAAGAAGGAAGUCAGACGUGAAGAGGCAGAUUUUCGAUGAACACUUCUAACGAUAGGUUAUAUUGUAUAAUUUUAUGCAAAUCUGAAUAGGCCAGUACAGGGUGUCUGAGUAUUUGUAGGACGAAAACUAGUCGAAAACAGAACUAAAAAAAGUGGUUAGACUCGAUCUAGUGAAAGCGAAAGUAAACUGGAGUGGAUCACGUUACUGUCGAGACAAGUAGAAUAAAAGUAGGCUACAUUUAUAACCAUGGCUGAUCCAGAUGACAUUACCGAUAGACCGUCUGCGCUGGAAGAAGAUUUGACCUGCCCUAUAUGUAGAAGUCUGUUCCAGAACCCAGUACUGUUGUCCUGUACGCAUAGUUUCUGUAAAGACUGUUUGGACCAGGCCUGGAAGGGUAAAACGAGGAAGGAGUGUCCGGUAUGUAGGACCAACUGUAUUGCGGAGCCCAUCAUUAACCGCGCUUUGAAGGCUGCCUGCGAGAGCUUCCAGAAAGGAUGUCGUGUGCCGGGGCUUGGGAAGCUGGUGUGUGGUAUGCACAAUCGCGAGUUUGUGCUCUUUUGCGUAAAAGACGAAGCACCUGUGUGCGUAGAGUGUCUAAACCUUCACCCGGGGCACGACCUUCUUCCGCUGGACCAGGGUGUCCCUGUUUGUAAGGGCGAGUUGAACGUAAAAGUUAGCAUCUUGGAGGAAAAGGUGGAAUCUUUCAAAAGGAUGAAAAAGCGAUAUUUGGAUACAAUUGCAUUCAUACAGAACCAAUCAGAGACUGCUGAGAAGCUGAUCAGGCAGGAGGUUGAGCGCCUUCGUGAGGUCCUGAAGAAGGACGAGGAGGCAAGAGUCCUGGCCCUGAAGAAGGAGGAGGAACAGAAGAAGCAAGCCAUCAAAGAGAAGGUGGCGAUCCUGGACAAAGACCUCAAGGACCUCAAGGACCUUAUUGAUGACACCAGAAAGGAAAUGGGAGGAGAGGACCUGGACUUGCUCCUGAACUUCAACAAACUGAAGCAUAGUGCAAAAUGGACAGACGAGGGCCCACAAAGGGACCAGGCUGAGCUCAUUCACGUGGCCAAGCACACCGGAUCUGUGGGCUACAAGAUCUGGGAGAAGAUGCUGUCCCAAGUGGAGUGCUUGCCCGUGAUCAUGGACCCUAACACCAUCUCGCCCUGGCUGAGCAUCACCCCUGAGUUCAACAGCGUGAAGGAGAACAAGGAGCGACAGGCCUUCCCGGACAACCUGGAGCGCUUCGACCCAUGCGUGUUCGUGCUGGGCUCGGAGGGCUUUGGCGCCGGACGCCACCGCUGGGACGUGUACGUGGGCGACAACCCCAAGUGGAUCCUGGGCGUCUGCAAGGAGUCGGUGGCACGCAAGCGCAAGUUCACCGUCACCACCAACAGCGGCGUGUGGACCAUCGGCCUGAGUAAGGGCGUCUACAGCGCCCUGACCACGCCACGCACCGAGCUGAAGGUGGACCGCCGCCCCGAGACCAUCCGGGUCAAGCUCAACAUGGAUAAGGGCCAGGUGUCCUUCUGGGAUGCGGACAACGGCUGCCACCUCCUCACCUACACCGACAAGUUCCCCAACCGUGUAUACCCUCUGUUCGGGCCCGGCUUGCACAGCACACCCAUGGCCAUCAAGCCCUCCAAGGUCACCAUUCACCAGCAGUAGCCCAUCGCUUCUGCAGCAGAAGCAGACCAACACACGAUUGUCAAUGAUGAGUAAAUGGAAAUGUGUCUCUGGGUGGCUAAUGAAACUGCUUUGUGCCUUAAAUCACUUUCUUUGAUAUUUUAGUAUUUUCAUAGUUCAUCUUGUCUUUUUUUUGGAGAAGGGUUUUUGUCUUAAAAAGCUGAAGGAAUGGAGUGUUAUUGCUGAAGAUGGCACUCCAGUUCCUCUGGGCUGGAUUGUACGUGCUUUACUGUUGAUAAUCUGUAAAUUAGCCACUGGGGGUCAGAGUGGCUGCGCUGAUAUGAGCUAGUCACAGCAUCUUUCUGUUUUAAACAUUCAUUUACAGAGAAAUCACCUUUUUUUUUGUUGCUGAUAUGUGUCAGGCUGUCAUUAAAGACUUGCACAGUGUCUCAUAAUGUGGCAUACAGGCUUGUGAUGGAUAUUACUGUGGAAGCAUGGUAUGCUAUUGCAGAAUUCAUCAUCAGCAUCACCUUAAAAAAGUGAACAAUGAAUAAAUAUGAACGAAUAUUAAUCAGAAAAAUGAUUAUUGUAACAAGUUAUUGCAGUACAUGCAAGAUGAAAGUGAGUUAUUGUUAUUAUGUUAUAGAUUAUUACAAAUUCUAGAUAUUACCUUUUAGAAUGUUUUGAAAGCAUCUAUUAUAUUAAUGAAUAAUAUUGAUCAUACAUAUGCUGUUUUAGCCUUAUAAAAGCAAGGUAAACAAAAAUCUAUUUUGAGUAUAGUAACCAUGGUUUGUGCUACUCUAGGAAAUUCCAAAUAAGAAAUGCGCUGCUGUGUGGCGGGUUGUUAUGUCAUAUUGGGCUCGGUUGAGGUUGAAAUUGAGUCAUGUUCAGUAGAUGUGUGAAACCCUGUAAAUCUCGGGUUGCAGAAAUGUAAUGCUUGUGUUUGAAGUAUAUAGAUAAGUUUAUAAAUAAGCUUUUGUUA